AUGGCGUCGAAGGUGUCCCCGAAGGAGAAUCGGAUGUUCUCCAAAGGGAUCUCUGCCACAACACCGUCGGCGGCUGCCAAUGUUACGAGCAUGUUGGACGCCGAAAUAAAGGAUAGACAGGACACCGAUCCUAAAGAGACCCUCGGGGAUGUCGAUAUGGAAGAUGCAAGCUACGUCGAAGGGAGGUCUGGAAAUGGCAGCUGGAUGCACCCCCUAGUGCGAAAACACAGCUCCCUCAAGGAUUCCGGAAAUGAUGAUGACAAAGUCGAACCGAGAAAGCAGCCGUCUGGAUCCGAAGCGCUCAAGCCAGCGAAGCCAACAGAGCUCCUUAAUCUACCCCUGGAGAUGAUCCGAAAGAUCACAGAAUAUGCAGUAGGAGCGGGCGGGGAUAUCACAUUCAGGGCCUACGGAUACCACGAUACAUUCGCCCCACAACAUUCCUUCGGAGAUGAAUACAUCAGUAGCUAUAAGUCGCUGCGACUAGUCAACAAAUACCUCAGCCCCGUUGCCGACGAAAGCUUUUUCCAAUAUAGUUCCUUGCAAGUGGCCCAAAUACAGACACUCGACAUGGCUCUCGACCGUGGGUUGCGUCAAUUCGAUAGCAAUAUCCGCCAUGUAGUUCUCGCCGACCUCAGGCUUCAGCACAGGAAAGUUAUGGAGAACCUCAUCUCUUUGCCCAAUCUGCGUCGGCUUAGCUUUCACGGGUGCCGGUGGGUAGCUCGCGACACUGACUACGCACAAGUAUGUACAAAUAGACAACACGCUAUCUUCACCGUCUAUAUUCCUCUCUUCAUAGAGCUCCGGCGUAAAUUUGGCAAGAGUGGCAUUCGUAUCGAUUUCGACGCCGACGGGAAUGGCUACUUCACCGCCCAUGAAGAGGCGGUUCGCCAAGCACAUCUUCAAGGGAAAUCGAACGUUCUACCAUUGGCUGCGAUGGCUAUCAAGGAUAAGACGGAAGAGUUGAGGAAGGCGUUUUUCGAGACCCUGAUCGCCAAGGAUAAGGAGAUAAUGGAGGCAGAGCUGGCUCCACUCCUAGCGGAGGUGGAAUCUCUGAACGAUCUCAUCACAGCUUUGAAGGUCUUGGUUGCUGAUGAGCACGAGAACGUGGACGAAGAGAUUGCUCGCCUCCAGGGAAAGGCUGAUGGCAUCAACGAACGCAUCGCGCCUCUGAAGGCGUAUAUGGAGCAAGGAGAGACGAGGUAUUGA